AUGUCCAACGCGGCUGUCGGUACCGUUUACGAGCACAUCAUCAACGAGGUGAUCAACGCUGUGCGCGUCGACUUCGAAGAGAAUGGUGUCGACGAUAGUGUUCUGGAAGAACUAAAAAAGGGAUGGCAACACAAGCUGUCCCAGCUCAACAUUGCUCAGUUUCCUUGGGACCCCAAGCCUGAAGCACCACCGCCGGCGCAGGCCACGCAGAACACUUCUUCUGCCGUUAAUGCGCAGGCGGCUGCUACCCAGCAACCAACGGCCAACUACACUCAGUCGACCCUGAGUCCACAAACGGCCGCUCAGUCCCCGUCUCUUCCUGGCGGCCAGCCCAACGGCAAUGGCGUCGCUAUCAAGAGUGAACCAGGCAUGGCGAAUGAGCCUACCAUCAAGCAAGAACCGGGCACUAUGCAGCCCAUGAUGCAUCCCGCCUACCCUGGAAACAACGCUGCUCGUGGUGGUAUGGCUGCCCAGCGGGCUGCCCAAGCCAUCGCAAAUCGGUACGGAUCGCAGGCCCAGGCUUCCAUCAACGCUAUUCACCAGCAAACUCAACAGCCUCAGAUUCCCGGACAGGCACCACCACCACCACUCCAACAACAGCAACAGCAGCAGCAGCAGCAGUUUAGCCCACAGCAGCAAUACCAGCAGACUGUUGCCGCUCAGAUGCAGCAGCGCAUACCACAGCAGCCUGGGCAGCCUGGACAGCCGCAGCCUCCCAACCAGCAGAACGGUCUCGGUGGAGCGCAGGUAGAUGGCUCCAGCGACGGAUUUGACGGUGUCAUGAUGCGUCGCGAUGCGGAUGGCAAUCCGGUCGAGAUGGGUCGCGUCGAGAUCGACAACCUGCUUCACGCCCAGCUUCUAGAAAGAGCCAAACAGAGGGAAGGAGGCGGCCUGAUGCUUCCGUUGAAGGAAGCCACCAAGCAGAGGAGUAACGCCACCAAGAGUCGCCGUGCCGCCGCCGCCGGUGGUCCGAAUCAGCUUGAUGGAAAUGAUGAGGACGAUGACGAAUUUGACGAAGAUGCCAUCAACUCGGAUCUUGAUGACCCUGAGGAUGAAAGGGAUGACGACGACGAAGAGGAUGAGGCUAGUGGCUGGAUCAUGCUCUGCUUGUAUGACAAGGUGCAGCGUGUCAAGAAUAAGUGGAAGUGCACCCUUAAGGAUGGCGUCUUGACUGUCAACGGCAAGGAAUAUGUCUUCCAUAAGGCCAAUGGGGAAUAUGAGUGGUAAAAGAUGCCCAUGUUGCCCUUCAGACGGGGACAUGGGUCUUCUUAAUUAGCUACCAGCUGCGUAGCUGUUCAUGGGCUUGAAUUCGUGAUUGGCAGCGAGUUUUUCUCAGGCCAUACAUACCCUCUUAACCCAUGCCGGUAUGAUGAUAAUACUAGGGGGGUGGCAUCUGGCGAGAAAUAACCCUCCUACUUCUCUUUAGUUGCCUCUAUAAAGGCAGGCUUUACUUGACGCGACGUGGAAUUAGACUAGCUAUCAUCACAUAUGGGUACACCAUGGUCUGAAUGGGGAAAAGUUGGCAUCGUUAGUACAUGGCUGAGGGGAUAGAAGGGACAGGAAAAGGGCGUCCAGGAGGAAGGACAUUAUAAUUUUGUGAUGAGCAGGGAAGUAGUGGGAAUGGAAGGUACGAAGAGUUUUGGAGGGAAUAAAGUCAGAUGGGUAUUUCUAGAGAUUGGCGAGGUAUGGUCUUCAAAUACCUAGGUGCGAAUUCCGGACAGCUUUAGAAAUUAUAUUAAAAUUUCGUCA